AUGUUUGUCCUCAAUGUCAUCCCUGGCCUGAAGAAGCUGCACAUGUGGAUCUCCAUCGCCUUCUGCCUGAUGUACCUGGUUGCUGUGUCAGGAAAUGUUAUCCUGAUCUGUGUGGUGGCAGUGGAGCAAAGUCUUCAUGAACAUAUGUACCUCUUCCUCUCUGUGUUGGCUUUUUGGGAUCUGAUUCUAUCCACAUCCACAGCACCCAAAGCCCUGAGCAUCUUCUGAUUUGAUGAUGUGGACAUCUCUUGUGGCUGUAUAACCCAGCUCUUCUUUAUGCAUUUUGCCUUUGUGGUGGAAUCAGGCAUUCUCUUGGCCAUGGCUUUUGAUCGCUAUGUGGCCAUCUGCUACCCACGGAGGUACACCAUCAUUCUUAGCCAUGGUGUCAUCGGCAAAAUAGGGCGUGUUGUAGUGCUCAGGAGUUUUGCAACUGUUUGCCCCUUUAUCUUCCUAGUGAGGCGCCUGCUCUUCUGCCAGACAAACAUCAUUGCCCACACGUUCUGUGAACACAUGGGGCUGGCUAAGUUGGCUUAUGCUGAUAUCACCGUCAACAUUUGGUAUGGAAUCUCUGUGCCAUUACUCAGUGUAAUGCUAGAUAUGGUGACAAUAGUCAUCUCCUAUAGGCUCAUUCUCCAGGCGGUCUUCAGGCUGCCAUCCCAUGAUGUGCAGAUGAAAACACUCAGCACCUGUGGUUCCCAUGUCUGUGUCAUCCUCAUGUUCUACCUUCCUGGGAUUGUCAGUGUCAUUGCUCAACACUUUGGCCGAAAAAUCCCCAAGCAUGUCCACAUCCUGUUGGCUGAUCUCUAUGUUCUCGUUCUCCCCGUGAUGAACCCAACUAUCUAUGGAGUAAAGACCAAACAGAUUUGUGAAAGAGUGGCCCUUGUGUUUUCUUCAAAAAGGAAGUGUUGCUAA